CCAAUCAGAGCGCGCAGCUGGGCGAGGUGGCGAUUUUGAAAGUUGGACAAAACACUUUUUUUCCGAUGCCUCGUUCACGGAUUACAGGAUAAUACUUAAUAUUGUGUAUACGACAUAAAUACAGUUUUUGUGAAGCUCUCCAGUACAAGCAGCGGGAUGGAUGAGGAGGAGAACACUGACCGGAAGUUACAGAUUGCCAUGCUGUGUCAGAAGCUGGAGAAGAUCAAGAGAUACUACAACGAUGAUGACACAGACAACAUUAACCAGAUCAUCAGCUCCAAUUCACCAGACACAUGCCGUACCUUUCUGACUAACCUAGAAAAGAAAGGCAAUCCUCAGUCCGAUCCUACUCUAUUCUCCAAGUUAAUGGAUUGCUAUACACGGGUUUUCUCAAGCAUGCCACUUGGAAAACACAGCCAGAAUUUAAGCUAUGCAAGGAUGCUGGUCAGAUUUGCAGAGCUUAAAGCUAUCCAAGAUGUCAAUGAUGCACGGGAUAGUUUUGAUAUAGCAAGAUCCCACUGCAAGGAUUUUGCCUUUGUCCAUAUAGCGUAUGCUCAGUUUGAGCUUUUACAAGGCGAUGAAAAGAAAAGUGCCUCGAUUCUUCAGCAGGCCAUUGAAAUGGGCGCUAAGCCAUGGGAAGCUCUGGAAACUGCAGUGCAGAAUCUAAAACUGGGUAAAUGUCAACUUCUUUCCCAAGAGGAUAAAGAGAAUAUCGCAGUGACUGAAAAUAUACAGGAACCCAUAAAGAGCAACUUAUUGUCCAAAGCUGAUUCCAGGAAGUCUGAUGGAUCAGGUGACUUUCAGCUGGCCAGUGGUUUUUCUCUGGGAUCUGAUCAGAAGAACAGCCCAUCGGAUGACCACGUCCCCGUCUGGAGGUCCAGUUCACACCGCAAAAGAACAGUUGCCAUGCCUGGGAGAAUUCCCAUGGUACCUCUGUCUAUUCCUGAAAAUGAAAACAUUGAUAGCGUUUACAAACCUGAGGCUCCCAGCUAUAGCAGUAGUUUGUCUAGGCCAACAUAUCGUUCAAGUGCAUUCACACUUUCCUCUUCAAAGAAGAGCUCUGGAGAUGGAGACUCAUAUAACUACAACCUGUUAAAUCUGAAGCCACUUGUUAUUAGUCCAGAGCCACAUCCUGGGGAGGACGUUGUUGAUGUGGACUCCACCACAGCACUUUUGCACAGACCGGAAAGGAAAGACACCACUGACUUUAUUAGCCAGAUAAUGGGUUCAAACUCUCCUGAGGCCUGCUACACGUAUCUCACAGACCUGGAGAGGACCAGUGACCCUCGCACAGAUGCUGUUUUUCUCUCCAGGUUGUUGGGUUGCUACUCUAAAGUGUUCACCAGAUUUCCCCUGGCACAGUAUAGCAAACUUGAAAGUUAUGCACGGAUGCUGGUCAGAUACGCUGAGUUAAAAGGAAUUGAAGAUCCUGAGGAAGCAGAAGAUAAUUUCAUCAUUGCCAGAGCCAACAGCAAAGCCUUUGCCUUUGUUCAUAUCGCCCAUGCUCAGUUUGAGCUCUCACAAGGUAAUGCUAAGAAAAGCCUUUCCAUUCUGCAGAAGGCUCUGACAUCAAAUGCAAAACCAGUUGAACUUCUCCAGAUGGCAAUGAAGAAUUUAAAGUCUGGAAAAACCCAACUUCUUCCCAAUGAAAAUAAAGAGAAUGUUGCAGAUUCAGCAGGUGCUUUCAGUGAUGGAGGAAGUAAGGAGGAAGAGAAUCCACUAAGGAUUUCCACAAAUAAAGCACAGCCUAAACCGUACACUAUGGAGAGUUUGUCUGAAUGGAAGAUUCCUGCCAGCGUCAACAGACAAGCUUCUCCAGAGGAACAUAAGCGUGCUGUAGAUCCCGUUCCCACUCCACGUCCUCUUCAGUUGCUGAGAACUCCCUCUGCCUCAGCUGUCUCAGUUCCAUCCAGGAUAAACCCCAUCAUUAGCUGCCAGACCCCCAACUACAAAGACUCCCACGCAAACAGUUUUGUUACGCCUGUAGUGAAACAGAGACUAGCUGUUGUGUCUGUUCCAUCUCAGAGAGCUGGCCAUGCUCAGUUACCAUGCACCCCACAGAGUCAGGUAUCAUUUGUCCAGCAGACGCCACAGGCUUCUGUCAGUACUAUCUCGAAUGAAUCCAUCACCAUCAAAGGCAGACAGUUCUUCAUUUUGAAGAUGAUAGGCAGAGGUGGUUCCAGUAAGGUGUACCAGGUUCUGGAUCAGAAGAAACAACUGUAUGCUGUAAAAUACGUGAACCUAGAGGAAGCAGAUGCCCAGACAGUUGAAAGUUACAAGAAUGAGAUUGAGCACCUGAACCACCUGCAGCAGUACAGUGACCAGAUUAUCAAACUGUAUGACUAUGAGAUCACAGACAGCUACAUCUACAUGUUGAUGGAGUGUGGUAACCUGGACCUCAACACGUGGCUUCGCAACCGCAAGGCUGUCAACUCGCUGGAACGGAAGUUCUACUGGAGGAACAUGCUAGAAGCAGUGCAGACUAUCCACAAGCAUGGAAUUGUCCACAGUGACCUAAAGCCAGCUAAUUUUGUCAUUGUCAAUGCCUCGCUGAAGCUCAUUGACUUUGGCAUAGCAAACCACAUUCAGCCAGACAUGACGAGUGUUAUGAAGGACUCACAGGUGGGGACACUAAACUACAUGCCACCAGAGGCUAUUAAAGACACAUCAUCUAAAGGUGGAAAACCACGCUCGAAGAUUAGUCCAAAGGGAGACGUCUGGUCACUUGGAUGUAUACUGUAUUGUAUGACCUAUGGGAAAACCCCUUUCCAAAACAUCACCAACCAGAUCACUAAGCUCCAUGCUAUUAUUGAUCCAUCCCAUGAGAUUGAGUUUCCUGACAUUCCAGAGAAGGAUCUUCUAGAUGUACUGAAGCGAUGCCUGGUGCGGAAUCCCAAAGAGCGAAUCUCGAUUGCGGAACUGCUCGAUCAUCCAUAUUUACAGCUGCAGCCUCAGCAAACGCCUAAGCCAGUGGAACCAUGCAACAAUGACCUAAAGAGAAUUCUGAAUGAGCUGGCUGCUUUACAGUCACCAAACAGCAUUGCAAGAGCUGCUAGUAACCUAGCAAAAAUGUGCAACAGUGGGAAGAAGCUGGAUGUUUCUGAGUGUGUCAGGAGCUCCAGUCAGUCCUCUUGGAAGUGAACAUGCUGAUGUAGUAAAUACAUGGGUAGUUCAUAAUGACAGUUUGACAACACAACACAAACGACCAGUAUUUUUCACAUCAGAUUUAGGUCAUCUGUUGACCUGAGGGAAAGAGAACAGUGACUUGUAUUCAUUGCUUUUGAAAAACCUUGAACUUUUUCAAGUUUCUUUCCUUUAUAGAGUUUGAAUUCUAUUAAAUUCAAACCCCUUUUUUAAUUUCCACUAUUCCUCUGAUCUCUGUCUGUAUGUUUAAUGUUCUCACAAAUAAACUUACCCUUAUGGUAUAGUAAA